CAACUGAUCGAAGUGAGCCACCAUUAGUGGCGACUGAGAAUCAUUGCUCAAUCCACUGAAGCACUAAUAAAAUUAGGAAACCAGGCAUUCGGAAGUGUGGGAGUCAGUGGCACUUAGGGGCGGACGUGGCUGCAAACAUGCCCUAGAUCGCUCGGAGAAGCGGAGGCAGGCAUGGGGACCCCCGAAUCAUUUUUUUGCUACUGCUACGCAAUGGACUAUUAGAAGCUGCAGUGAUAAAGCGGAUUCACGAUAGCCUGCGUCGUUUGAUGAUCAGGUUUUCGAAAAUGGCAAAACGAGCCGACGUCGUCAUUGUUGGCGCUGGAAUUGGAGGCCUCGCUGCGGCAGUGGCGCUCUUGACAGAAUCCCAGCUCUCUCAAACACCGUAUAACAUCACUGUUCUUGAGAGCGCCUCUGAGAUUUGUGAAAUCGGCGCAGGUAUCCAGGUGACGCCAAACUUCACCCGGCUGCUCGACCAGUGGGGUCUCGCAGAUGAAAUAGCCAGGACCGGAUGGAAGCCCGGACAGGUGAAGCAAGUGCGCUGGCAGAACGGCGCGGAGCUGACCAAGUUUCCGCUCAAUAGAGACGACCGCAUGAAGAACCAGUUUGGGUACUACUACUUCCAUAUCCACCGUGCAGAUCUGCACGGCGCACUUAUGCGGCGGGCGGAGCAGCUGGGGACGAAGAUGUACACGAAAAGCAAUGUCGUAAAGUACAUUCCACGGACCGAAAACUCGAAAGACACCGUCGAGACGGUCGACGGGAGGAAGUUUGAAGCAGACCUUGUAAUCGCUGCGGAUGGAGCCAAGUCCAUGUUUAUAAAGGAGGUUCUCGGGACCGACACGCCAGCCGAGCCCACCGGAGACUGCGCAUACCGGGGCAUGAUGAGGCGCGAGUGCGUGCAGGACCCGGCUUUUGAAGGCUUGGAGUUAGAGAACGGCUCAGUCGUCUGGCUGGGCCAUGGUGCCCACAUUGUCGGGUAUUUGAUCCGGGGCGGAGAGUUCUACAACCUGGUCGUGCUCAUGCCAGAGGGCGACGACAUUCAAGAAGAGAGCUGGACGCUCAAAGGAGAGCCCAAGAAGCUGAAAGAUUUCUUUGAAACUUGGGAUCCGCGUCUGCGAAAGCUCCUCGAGAUGGUUGACACGACCUACAUGUGGAGUUUGAGAGAUCGGCCUGCGCUCGAGAAAUGGGUCCAUCCCACUGGAAAUCUCGUAUUGAUCGGAGACGCCGCUCAUCCGAUGCUCCCAUACGUGGGGCAAGGUGCUGCUAGCGCUGCCGAAGACGCUGCCGCUCUGGCAGAGUGUUUGAACGCCGUUGGAGAACGCCAUUCGCUCAGAGACGUGCUUGAUGCUUUCCAAAAGCUGAGGAUUCCGAGGGCUUUCUCUAUGCGCGAGGCAGGAAGGAGAAACAGACAAUACUUCCACUUUCCGGAUGGACAGGAGCAAAGAGAGCGGGACCAGGCGCUGGCAAAGGAAUCCGAAACGUCAUCAACUCCUAACCAGCUGAACGAUGACAAGGUGUUGCAGGGCAUGUACGGAUACGAUGUUAUCAAGGAAGCAAAGGCACUGUUUGAAGGGUAGAUUGCCUCUAGACUAUGUAGUAUAUUGGUUAUGAACAGAAGAAGAAUAUAGUGGUG